AUGCUGAUCUCUCUGUUUCUGUCCCUCCUGGUCUCUUCUGCCGUUGCCACAGAGAAAGACAGUGCCCUCCCCAGGCUAACGGACACCAAAGCUGCCGAGGCCUUCAUUGACUCUGCUGAAGUGGUGGUCAUCGGGUUCUUGGAGGGAGAGGAGAGCCAUGGCUAUAAGGAACUUGUGGCAGCUGCUAAGCGGGUCGACACUGUCCCCGUAGCGAUGUGUGCAGAGAAGGAAGUGUGGGCUGACCUCAGCAUUACAUCAGACACCAUCACCAUUUUCAGAAAGGCAGAUAAUCAUCAGGAGAACCUUGUUCUCACUGAAGCCAAGAAGGUGGAAACCGAUGGUCUUGUAAACUUCAUCACCAUCAAUGAGGUCCGCUACGUCACAGACUACAACCAAGUGACAGCGGUGGGCUUGUUCAAUUCAGAAGUGAAGACACACCUUCUGCUCUUUGCCAACAGAGGCAGUAAGGACUAUAACGAGCUCAAGGAGCGACUGGCGGCUCUGGCUCCAGAGUUCACAGGCAAGUUCUUGUUUGUAAGGAUAAACGGGGCCCUGAAGUCCAACUCCCGCUCGCUGGGCUACUUCGGCCUCAAGUCAGGUGACCUUCCACGGGUCGGCAUCUACGAUGGUGACUCCGACAUGAAGUGGCUCUUACCUGAGGGGGAGAUUUCUACUGAGCGAGUCCGUGAGUUCUGCCAGUCUUUCCUACGAGGGGAUCUGAAGGAGGUGAAGCAGGCAGGAGCUGAAGCCAAAACUGAGCUCUAG